AUGCUGCUCGUUUGGGACGUACUAUCAGAAGGGCCGACGUAUUUCUUCGCCAAACGCAUCUACGCCCUAAUACUGCCUCCGUCUGCGCGUACUCUCGGACUGCGCCGCCAACGUACGCUGCUGCCCUGCGCCGGCCUUCGCCGCAGCUCAUGGCUGGCCGGAACGGCAACGCGCCUAAGGGGCCUCCUCUGGCCGGAGUUGCGACGCCGAACCCCGGGCCACCCGCCGGCUUUGGUGCUGCUGCCGGACCCUUCCGUUUUGGUGCUUCGUCAUCGUCUGCCCAUCCUUCCGGACAGCGGGCUGCUCCGACUGCGCCGGCACCGGUUGUCUUUGGGGCCGGCAACAAGACUGCGCCGGACGCUACUGCUCGCCGCAAUAAGACCAAGCGCAAGGGGGGGCGCCGUGAAGCCGCUACUGCCGGUGCCGUCCCCUCGGCUGCGCGACCUCCACCGAUAUUCCCGCCGCCUGCUACGGUGCCCGCCCCCACCAAGCAUGUUCCUGAGGCUCGAGACACUGCUCCGAUGGUUGUGCCCUCCGCUGAAGCCACUGGACGUGGGCCGAAAGGAAACCGAACUGGUCUUUGGUGUUUCAAAUGUCGUUCAGAUGAUCAUCUUUCCAAGGACUGCACGGCGAUUCAUUUCUGUCAUAUUUGCGACAAUUACAAGCACCCUUUGCAUCGGUGCCAUGUGCUUAAGCAACCGAGGCCUACCGCGUCGCUCGGUGGAUGUGGUUUAGUUAACGCUAUGUUCCUGCAGUUGCCGGACUUGCUAUUCAAGGAGCACCUUGCACCUCCAACCCUGCCGACUGCUUUGGUUACGAUCUCCGGUGGGUCUCUGUCCGCUGCUGUGGUUGAGGUAGAGAUCGCCAAGAUCGCAUCGGUUCAGGCAUCUUGGAAGUGGGAAGCCGUACCCCAUGGAGACAAUGCUUUCUUAGUUUGUUUCCCGUCCGUGGAGGUUUUGAAGCGCGUGUCAGCUUUUGAGUAUAAUGUCAAAUCACAAGACGUGAAGAUUGCUUUUAGUGAAUGGAAAGUUGAAGAGGUUUCAUCGAUUCUCCCUUUGCAACUUGUUUGGGUACAUGUCACCGGUGUCCCACCACCUCUCCGCCAUUUUCUUGGUUUGUGGGCGGUAGGAUCAGUCAUUGGCGCCACGCAAGACGUUGACUUGGUUUGUUUGCGCCGUCAUGGUAUUGUGCGCAUCCAGGUGGCGGUCCACUCUUUGGAUAUUUUCUCCAAAAAAGAUGGUUCUGAUGAAGCCUCGGUCUCCUCGGAUGUCUAUAUAAAGCUUAAUGGGUAUGCAUUUCGGUUUGUACUGGAGGAGGAAGAUUUUGUUCCCGACGUUGAUUUUAUUCCCCGGAUUUGGGAAAACCAUGAUAAUGGACAUGAUGACGGCGCUAACCGAGAUGAGGAUAUGCCUGAUAGGGAUGCUAACAAGAGGUCAAAAUGCAUCCAAGCUGUUGAUCAAAAUUCGGCGUCGGGGUCUCAAGUAAGUGCUGCAGUCCCCAUACAGUCUACACAACAAAUAGUGCAUACUGCUACUCUUGAGUCAUCUGUUGUGAGUAUGCCAGAGAAUAUGGAUACACACAUACACGUACCGGUGGUGCAGGAGUCCAUGGAUGCAUGCAUACCAAUGCAAGACGAGUUGGAGAAGGGCGGGUCCACAAGGUGCACCACUAUGCAUGUAACGGAUGCUGGAAACGACUCGGCUGCUCACGUGAAGGCAACAACAGUUGUUCACGGGCCACCGGCGCAGCCAACCGCGGCAAUUUCUGUCUGUGUUGCUGGGCACGCACAGUCGGCCGUGCAUCUGGCCACGACACCAAACGCACACAGUACUGUGCAUGGUGCUACCCCGGCUUUGACGCCGCUACAGCCAACCUUGACCCCAGCAGCGCAUGCGAUACUUCCUGCUUCGGUUGGCGUGCGGGAAUCCAAGACAUCGCCAAUGAUGGAGUCUCCAGUUCGUGCGGCCGUUGCCAUGGUGCCACUUGGCCCAGCGGCGGAUCGUGCUAGAGGAUCUUCUUCGGCAUCUGAUGCGGGCGUUCGGAUGGGAGCCACGACGCCUCCCUCUUCACCAACCCUUGGGACGCUUCGGACGACGCCUGCUUUGCAGAGGACUACAUCAACUACUCCGUCGAAGACUUUGACGGGGACUACGUCCGGAGGGUUGGCUACACCCCUGCGACGUAGUAACCGUCACUCCCUCAAUGUUGAUGGUUCUUCCUCGACUGAUGAGCACUCUCUUGCGAAGGCAAUGCGUCUCCAGGCUUCGAGGAAUUUGGACCCCAUGACAGGUUAUUUUCCGUUGUACGCACUCGCUUCGUACGUGGUGUACGCUACAACGAGCGGAGUACCAACCGUUGUUCAAGGCGGUGUGUACGCUGUUGGAGCAGGUGGCUACGGAGGUUUUUACCCAACAUGGAUGGCAGCAUAAUCUCCGGCUCGGUCCACCAUCUCUUUCGACAUAGGCAUAGUGUCGGUCUAUAGACUCUACUGUUGCCGAAUUGUCGGUCUUUUAUCUUUCUACUUAUCAGACUACUGGUGUUUGGCUGUG